AAUCUGCCAUGUUCCGCCAGCUUCAGCGCCACGCCCGCGCCUUCGCGACCCGCGCGGCCGUCGAGAAGGGCGUCGUGUCGCCGGUGCGCAGCAUCCCCGCGCACAUCCAGCGGCCGCCGUACGCCGCGUCGGGCGAGAUGCCACCGUUCACGCGCUACAUCCCGAUCCUGGACAAGGACCAGCAGCUGCGCCUCCGCGACGCGUGCGCACUCGCCAAGGACAUCUUGGCCUACGCUGGCAGCCUCGUCGAGGUCGGCCAGACCACCGAAGAGAUCGAUCGCCAAGUGCACGAAGAGGUGCUCCGCCGCAACGCGUACCCUUCGCCGAUGAACUAUGGUCACUUUCCCAAGUCCAUCUGCACGUCUGUGAACGAGGUCGUCGUGCAUGGCAUUCCCGACAGUCGCGCGCUCCUUGAUGGCGAUAUCGUCAACCUCGACAUUUCCGUGUACCUCAACGGCUUCCACGGCGACACGUCGGCGACGUUCCUCGUCGGCACCGUCGACGACGCCGGCAAGAAGCUCGUCGCCACGACGCAGCAAGCGCUCCUCGAGGCGAUCGAGCUCUGCAAGCCGGGCGUGCCCUUCUCGGCCAUUGGCGCCCACAUCCACAACCUGAGCAAGGCCGAGGGGUUCUCGGUCGUGCACGAGUUUUGCGGCCACGGCAUUGGCCAGCAGUUCCACACGCUGCCCUUCAUUUUGCACUACCCCAACACGGAGCGUGGCGAGAUGCUGCCGGGCAUGGCCUUUACGAUCGAGCCCGCGCUUUGCGAAGGCUCCAACGAGAUUGUCUACUGGGACGACGACUGGACCGUCUCGACGGCCGACGAAGGACGCUCGGUGCAGUUCGAGCACACGAUCCUUAUCACCGACUCGGGCGCCGACAUUCUCACGUAAUCCUCUUCCUCAGCAAUAAGAUUUUUGAUUCCGC